UUCCCCUCUUUUUGUGCAUCAUUGUGUGUCCGCAGCAGCAGGCCUGCUGAUACAAAUCUCGGCGGUCACAUCGGUGGUGGUCGGGCUCGGUUCGGACAUGGCGUUCGAUGCAAGUUUAGGGGUUGCAAAGUAGCUGCACAAAGAGCUGGAGUACUUUUUUUUUUUUUUUUUGCUUGUGUGCGUGUACGCCUUUAGCUGCCAUGCUGGUGCUUUUGGAUCUCCUUCAUCGGAUUUAAGUUGAAGCGAGGAUGAAGCGCAGCCAUAACGUCAUGUUGUCUUUUUGCGUGAGAGCCAGCAAAGGGCACAGAGGAAAGCGCCAGUAAGAGACGGGAGGUGGCUUUUAAAAGCCGGGCGGUGCCAUGGGCUGCGUGACGAGCAAAGAGGACAAGGGCCCCGCCAUUAAGUCCGGGCCAGAGACUCCUUCACAGUUUGACCCCAACGCCGCCACGCACCUAAUGGGCCACUAUGGGCCCGACCCCACUCAGCUGCAGCCCAAUCUGCCCCCCACUUUAUCCUCCUCUUGCUCCGACGCCGCCAAUGUCAACCUCGCGCCGUUUGGCGGAUCCUCAAAUGCUAUGAGCCCCUUUGGAGGCGUGUCAUGCUCCUUCACUGGUCCCAUGUCCAACUCAUUCUCGGGUUCUCUCCCAGGUGGUGUGACAUUCUUUGUGGCGCUGUACGACUAUGAGGCCAGGACGUCAGAUGACCUUUCAUUCAAAAAAGGAGAGCGCUUCCAAAUCAUCAACAAUACAGAAGGAGACUGGUGGGAAGCGCGCUCCAUCAACAGCGGGCAGAAGGGCUACAUCCCCAGCAACUACGUAGCCCCCGCAGACUCCAUACAAGCUGAGGAGUGGUACUUUGGCAAAAUGGGCCGUAAAGACGGGGAGAGGCUGCUGCUGAAUCCAGGUAACCAUCGGGGGACUUUCUUGGUGCGCGAAAGUGAAACCACUCAAGGUGCGUUUUCUCUCUCUAUUCGAGACUGGGACGAAACCAAGGGAGACAACGUGAAACACUACAAGAUCCGCAAGCUGGACAGCGGCGGUUACUACAUCACCACGCGCGUGCAGUUUGAAACCUUACAGCAGCUGGUUGAACACUACACAGAGCAUGCAGACGGCCUCUGCCACAGGCUCACCACACUGUGUCCAACCGUCAAGCCUCAGACGCAGGGCCUCGCCAAAGACGCCUGGGAGAUACCUCGCCACUCUCUAAGGCUGGAGCUCAAGCUGGGCCAGGGCUGCUUCGGAGAGGUCUGGAUGGGCACGUGGAACGGCACCACCAAAGUGGCCAUAAAGACUCUGAAGCCAGGGACCAUGUCGCCAGAGGCCUUCCUGCAGGAAGCUCAGAUCAUGAAGAAGCUUCGUCAUGACAAACUGGUGCCUCUGUACGCUGUGGUGUCAGCGGAGCCCAUCUAUAUUGUCACGGAGUACAUGGCCAAAGGUAGCUUGCUUGAUUUCCUCAAAGAGGGUGACGGAAAGUUCCUGAAGCUUCCUCUCCUGGUGGACAUGGCCGCACAGGUCGCUGAUGGCAUGGCUUUUAUUGAGAGGAUGAACUACAUCCACCGCGAUCUGCGCGCCGCCAACAUCCUAGUGGGCGACAACUUGGUGUGCAAAAUCGCCGACUUUGGCCUGGCCAGGUUGAUAGAGGACAACGAGUACACAGCGAGGCAAGGAGCCAAAUUUCCCAUCAAGUGGACCGCGCCGGAAGCAGCGUUGUACGGACGCUUCACCAUCAAGUCGGACGUGUGGUCCUUCGGCGUCUUAACCAUCGAGCUUGUCACCAAAGGCAGAGUGCCCUACCCGGGUAUGGUAAACCGGGAGGUGCUGGAGCAGGUGGAGCGGGGAUACCGGAUGCCGUGUCCUCAAGGUUGCCCCGAGUCGCUGCACGAGAUGAUGAAGCUGUGCUGGAAGAAAGAGCCGGACGAGAGGCCCACCUUCGAGUACAUCCAGUCCUUCCUGGAGGACUACUUCACAGCCACGGAGCCCCAGUACCAGCCUGGAGAGAACCUAUAGCUACCCUACCCAAAGGUUUUAUGUUCAUGUCGUAAUAUACAAGAAGCCAUUUAUAGUUAAAACCUUUGGUUAUUAAAAUAAGCUAAGCUAUAGAAGUCAUAUCAUGCUACUACCUAUGUUCCCAUUAAGGCCUUUUAAUGCACUCAUCUGCAUAGCAAUACAAUUUUUUCAGCACAUGCUGUCCUGUUAGGGCUGCUCGGGACCCAUAUUAGUCAGGCUUUGUUUAUGAUGGGAAAACUGUUUUUAAUAAGCUAAUCAACAUGGACAUGGGUGCUAACUGUGUAAACUCACAAUAGGAAUUUCUACAAUAAAGACUUGAAUUUA